UACAAAGCAGCUAGGCAGAAACCAGAGUAUAUGUACUUGAAUCAGUUAAAUGCAGCAAGCAAAUCUUAUAUAGUAAGGGUAGUUGUUGCUGAAAAGGGAAGGGACACACUAUCUUCGAAAAAAACAGUUAGAUUCCAAACUUUACUGCUAAAGGAUGAAAAGUUUACAGGAUGAACUUCUAUGGAUAGAAGUAACCAUUCAGUAUGCAGAAUUAGAAAAAGUGAAGGCAUAUACAGGUUGUUCGAACUGCUGGAAACGCACCAAUCUUCCAUUGCAUAAGCGCUAUUCUUGCUCUUCUUGUUCAAAGAAAGAAUGCAUUUCCACUAAGAGGAUUACUUUUAAAUUUGAGGCAAGUGAUGACACAGGUACUAUGGCAUUCACCACAUUCAAUGAUGACACAGAAAGAUUGUUCAGGUGUAGCGCAGCUGAAAUCUAUGCCAUAAAAGAAGCAGAUAACCAUGACGCUUUCAAGGUUAUUCAAGACAUGCUCAGCAGCAUGCCGUUCUACAUUAAAGUAGGCCUGACAUUGCAUUUAGGACAGAACUAUAUCCUAGAGGGGACUCUCAAGAGCAUUGAACCUAAGGAAGAUCCUAACACACGAGAAGCGUUGCAACCAUUUGAUAGCAGCUCCAACCAAGGAAAAGAUGGAAAUGAAAAGGAUGCGCAGCAGACUGUGGGAUUAGGAAAUCCUGAACCAGUCAUUCCAACCCCAAACAUCAAAACUUCUUCCCAAAUGCAAACACAGGAAGACCCUUGCACUGAAACACUUGAGUUACCUCAGCAAGAUGUUGAAUCAUUUAAGCGCAAGAAAACUUUAGAGAAAAGCCCUACAGAAUUGGGGGAUAAAGAAAAUGAGUCCGAGCAGCCACUAUAACAAAUCCGUGCAAAGAAAAAACUUUGCUUUGGCGGAAUGACCCCAAAGAAGCACUUCACAUGCCAAGUCCCAGAGAUUUCUCCACAAAAGGAUCAUGCAGAAGAUGUCCAAACACCAUUGGGAACUGGGCAGAAGCAGGCCAAACCUGUAAUUGUGAAGACCGAGAAACUGAAAUAAUCUUUCAUCCAAUCUGCCACCGAAUAUGAUCAGUCCCUGAAAUGCAAAAAAAUAUAUAGUAAUCUAAUGAAAUGUUUCACAUCAGCUAUUUAAGGUGCACUAUCCAAACAUCUUUUAAAUUCUAAAUAUUUUGCUAGACUAAAAAUAUAUAGGCAACUAUAAGAACUUUGCAAUUGCUGGAAUCACAGAACAACUCAAAAUGCAAAGCAUAAUAGAUAGUUGCCUACGUAUUUUAUAUAAGAAUCCAGCAUCAUGUAGUACUAAAUCUCCAGUUUAAUUUCUUAGUUUCAUGUAUAUAGGAGUAAGAUGUUGUAGAAGAUAAUCUUUUGAGGGUUUCCCAGGAACACUAACAAUGAUUAGUGUUCCUGACAAACACCGUACUAAGAUCAUUGCCUAAUGUAACGCUACAUUAAUGUGCAUGUUAAAUUCUAUCUAUAAAAUUAUGGUAUUUAUA